UAAUGGACAGCCUGUGUAAUGUUCCACCCAGCAGGAGCAGAGGGGCCGUGGCCAACAGACAUGGGGGAGAAUGAUCCAGAAGAAGAGCUGAGACUGAUCCUGAUUGGAAAGACGGGAUCUGGGAAGAGCUCCUCAGGGAACACCAUCCUGGGUCGACAACACUUCCUGUCCGGGUGUAGUGCAGGCUCUGUUACCAAGGUCUGCCAGCUGGGGACCUCUGACUACCCUAAGAUAAAGGUGCUGGUGGUGGACAUGCCAGGUUUUGGAGACAGACGCCUGACCCAGGAGCUGAUCAUCAUGGAGAUCGGUCGAUGCGUGGCCCUGACGUCCCCCGGCCCCCACGCCUUCCUCUUGGUGGUCCAGGUGGGACGCUUCACAGAGGAGGAGAACAUGGCCGUCACUAUGAUGGCUGCUGUCAAGCAGAUCAUGCUUCCCGUCUGA